AUGUCCGCUUCGAACGAGGUGCAUCGGUUGUCACCCUGGCGAUGGAACAACCCUUUGGUCCAAGCCGCCUUUACCUCAAGCAUCUGUGCCUGCACUGCGGGGCUGUAUGUCGCCAUCAACGGCCUUGGUGCUGGUGGUGGUAAACCCAGCUCCCAGACGGUGGCAUCGACCACGAAUGCCGUGAAUGACACGCUAUGGGUGUUCGCCUCUCUCGUUGGUGGUGCGCUGCUCAACCGCUUCGGACCGGCCAAGGUUCUGUGCUUCGGGGCGUCUGGAUUUCCCGUGUACUUGUCCGGUUUCUGGAUCUACGACAAGACCGGUAAAGAAUGGGUGCCGCCGUUGAUGGGUGCCCUUGCUGGCGGCACCGGGGGCGGACUCUGGGCUGUGCAGAACUGGGUAGCUACCGCUUAUCCCACUGAACAGAACAAGGGUCUCUUCAUUUGGAUCAACUGGGCGAUUAUCAAAUCCGGCGCCACGAUCGGGUCUCUGAUCGCGCUGGCGAUCAAUAUUCACCGCACCGAGACCAGCGUCGCCUGGCAACUGUACCUAGCCUACGUGAUCAUCAUGUGCCUUGCGACAGUGGCAGCCCUGUUCAUGGCAAGACCCGAAACCCUCCGACGAAAUGACGGCACAGCUCUUGCCAUCUUCAAACGCCCAACCUUGAGAGAGGAGUUCAAGGCGCUUUGGGACGCUAUCAGGACAAGAGAGAUCAUCCUCAUGCUUCUUCCACUGUUUGUCUGCGAGUCAUAUCUCGCCCCAUACACGUCCAUCAACGGCUACUCUUUCACGCUUCGGACAAGGACCCUCAACAAUGUCCUGUACUGGUUAGUGCAAAUCCCAGCUGGGUGGGUGCAAUACAAGAUAGCGGACUCACGCCGAUUUGGACGUCGAACUCGCGCCUUUAUUCUAACGACAUUCGUCUUGAUUUUUGUUCUUGGCGGUUUGAUCGGCGCUAUCAUCCUCACCGCUGGGCCGGAUUACAGAGACCGCUCGCUGGCGGGUCCUUCGAUUGACUGGAGCGAGAGCAGAUAUGCCUCCCGCUGCGUCCUUUAUAUCGUGUGGGGGAUCAGUUAUGGGAUGUUCUUCCAACUCCGACUGUGGUUCAUGGGUGCACUCUCCAACGACCCCAUCAAGCUUGGUAGAUACUCGUCUCUGAUUCCAUGUCUGCAGGCGGCCGGUAUCACGGUGGCAUUUGGCAUCGAUUCUGCGAAAACCACAUACUGGAAGCAAAUCGUGGUGUGGUUCACUCUUUUCGGGGCUGCCUUUGCUUGUUUAUACUACUUGGCUGCCUUCCACAUAACAGAAACAAACUACUUCAAGGAGGAAGCGGUCAUUGUACCUUUGGAUGUGGCCGAAAAGGCGGGACAUGACACAAGCACUCCUCCCUCCGAGUCCAUUCACGAAGUUACAAAGGCAUGA